AUGGAGACGCACUUUCCGGACCCCGCGGACGUGAUGCACUUUGAGCUGCGGCUGCGCCCGGACGAGGGCAUGUACUGCGGCGGCACCUUCCGCUUCAGCAUCGCCAUCAAUAGCAACUACCCGCAUGACCCGCCGAAGGUCAAGUGUCUCCAGCGCCUGUACCACCCGAACCUCGAUCUCGACGGCAAUGUCUGCCUCAACAUCCUGCGCGAGGACUGGAAUCCCAUCCUCAAUUUGAACUCGGUCCUUGUGGGCCUGCUGUUCCUGUUCCUCGCGCCCAACGCGGACGAUCCCCUCAACAAGGACGCCGCCGAGACACUCCGGCGCGACAAGGCGGCCUUUGCCGCCCAUGUCCAGCGCACAAUGCGCGGCGCCGAGCACAAGGGCGUCACCUACGAUGCGGUCCUAUAG